CUACAGAACAUUUACGUGUCGGCCAAGUUGCUGCACAACAAUCAGUUAAAAUAAACCCUACUAGCUAAUCACAACGAGACAAAACACUCAGCAAUUCUCACUGAAUACUUUGUUCUGUAUGUGAUGGGUAGAAGCAUAGAGGGGGCUUUUAUUUUGACACUGGUGUUUUGAUUGAUCUCGGCUUCACCCGCUAUAUAGUCUCGCGCAGGGAGAACGAAGUAUCGUUUGAUCUCGUGGGGGCAAAUCUGAGCUCGGCGUCGGGAAGAUCCGUGAAGCUGUAUGUUGCUAAUGUGCAUGUUAAACUUUUGGGGAAGACCAUAGGAACGUGACUGAGCCUGCUGGCGCCGUGUGUGUGCGAGAAGCCCACAUUUACACAGUUGCUACCUUUUUCCUGUCAGAUGGAGAAGCAGAUUGGGACAAUGCGUGUACUGGUGACAGGGGGCAGUGGUCUGGUGGGGAAAGCCAUACAGCAUGUGGUGAAGGAGGAAGGAGGUGCGAGAGAAGGAGAAGAAUGGAUCUUCCUUUCAUCUAAAGAUGCUGACCUAACAAACGCAGCUGAGACGAGGGCAAUCUUUGAGAAACAUCGUCCAACACACGUUGUUCAUGUUGCGGCAAUGGUGGGAGGCCUCUUCCGACACUUGAGACAGAACUUGGAUUUCUGGAGGAAUAAUGUGUGUAUCAAUGACAACGUGCUGCAAACAGCGCAUGAGUUUGGUGUGGUGAAAGUGGUCUCCUGUCUGUCUACCUGCAUCUUCCCAGACAAGACCACCUAUCCUAUUGAUGAGACUAUGAUCCAUAAUGGUCCCCCUCAUGAGUCUAACUCUGGAUAUGCGUAUGCCAAACGAAUGGUUGAUGUCCACAACAGGGCCUGUUGGACGCAGUAUGGACGGAGAUACACAGCUGUUAUCCCCACAAAUAUCUUUGGUCCCCAUGAUAACUUUAACAUAGAGGAUGCUCAUGUUCUACCAGCACUGGUUCACAAGACCUACAAGGCAAAGAGAGAUGGUACAGCUCUGGAGGUUUGGGGUUCUGGACAUGCACUGCGGCAAUUCAUCUAUUCUCUAGACCUGGCUCGUCUCUAUCUGUGGGUCUUGAGAGAAUAUGAUGAGGUGGAGCCUAUAAUAUUAUCAGUUGGACAGGAGGAGGAGAUAACAAUUAAGGAUGUUGUUGAUGCCAUAGUUGAAGCCUUUGGAUUCACAGGACCUGUGAUUUACGACACAAGCAAAUCUGACGGUCAGAUGAAGAAAACAGCCAGCAAUGCAAAACUCCGCAGUUACCGCCCGGACUUCACCUUCACUCCUUUCCAAACAGGUAAACAUCAAACACAUGCAUAUGACACAUCUACUUUGUUGGGCAUCCACUACCCUGUCCAUCAAUGAAACUAGAACACCAUAGGACCACUGAUGACAUGGCUGUAACCAGCAAUGAAGACACUAAGUUCUAGACAUUUAUAGUUUGGAAUGCUUUGUUGUUUUGUUUUUUUUAUGUACGUCCAAAUAUGAAUUGGUGGCCUAUGUGAAAAAAACAUACAUUUCAAGAUUAUACAAUCAGCAGCGUUGUGAUUAAUUCUUCACUGACCCCAGAGUAGCUGUAGUUUGCCCAUAGAUUUAUUACAUUGUACUGCACUGUAAAAAUUAGGUCAUUAGGUCAAAAAUUAGGUUCUUGAGUUAACUCAGCUUGAAGACACCAGAGGUCAACCCACUCAAACUUAUUAGUUCACUCAAAAUUUCUCUUCAUUCUUAUUUCUAGUUUCUUUUGUUAAGUAAACAAUGUAGACUUUAUUUUUUAAUCAGUUUCUAAAUUGUCUGGUACACUUUACAUCAUACAUUCGCAAAUGACAUUUUCUUCUCUUUGGCUUCUAGUUACAGACAGCUAUGGGAUGACUGUGGUUUAAAUUUACAGUCUCCUAAUGUUAGGGUACAUUUUUGUAUGCUACUUCAUAUUUACUGCAAAGUUUAAAAACAAUCAAAAAAGGAAAUUUAUUAAGCAUUUAGGGAAAUCUGAAUAAUUUCAGGAGUUACUUGGGAGUGAUGCCAUAGCCAUCCAUUACUAGGAGCAGAAGAAAAAAAUCCUAGUUGGCUUUGUUUGAAAGAAACAGUCCCUGCUAGUAGGGAAAUUGAGUGAAAACAUACAGUCUAUAUUGGUUACUUAACUACCCAUAUCUAAAAUAGUAUAGGUUUGGAGAACUUUUAACUAAACUAAGGAGUUUGUGUUGGGUGAACUCUAGUGCCCUGAAGUUGAGUCAACUCAAGAAAAGCACAGUACUCACAUAGUCUAAGCUGCUCCUGAGUCACAGGGGUGCUGGAGCUUAUCCCAUUGGUCAUUGGAUGGAAGGACACACACUUGACAGGUCACCAGUACAUCACAGGGCAGACACAAAGACAUAUAUAUUCAC